GACUCAAACCUAUUAACAUAGUUAAUACAAAACCUUCGUUCUCUAUAAAGCUCUGUACUUUAAAAGUGUUUUCUAUUUGAUUCUUUGUUGUUGUCUAUUUCUUUGUUUUUUUUUACCCUUUGAAUUUCUCUGUAUCAUGAGAAUGAAAGUAGAAUUACUUUUCUUAAUUAACUUGCUUACUCUAUGUUUAAUUUGUCAUGGUGAAAAGUUGAAUAUCGGAUUCCUCGAUCUUCAUCAACAUAGAAUUAUUGAAGGACAAGUUUUUCUAUCUAGAUUUGGAUUUUUGGAUAAUAAAUUUCCUAUUGAUAUUAAACAGGUUGACGUAUCUUUAAACUGCAUUUCUCCUGGAAGGGAUGUUGAAGUUUCUCCUAGGGAAUUCAUCUUUAGGAAAGGAGAGGAAACUGAUAGAUAUAUCGAUAUUUUUAUUGCAAAUGAUAAACACUUUGCCGAAAAUGAAACUGUUAGUUGUAAUGCUUUAUUAAUUGGACAUAGAGCUGACUCUUCAAAGGUACAAUAUACAUCUUCGUACCUGCCCUCUAUCGAUAUUAUUAUCAACGUGGCGUACGAUCACGAUAUAUCGCAGAUUGUUAAGGGAGUUGAUAACGAUGGAAAAGAUGUAUUAAAGUUGAUAUGCUACAAUUUUCUCGGAAAGAAGUUGAAAAAUAUUAAUUUAUUGUCAGAUCUACUUUUAGGCUUUUCUGUUAUCGGUCAAUUAAGUACGAAACACCAUAUGCAACAAUUUAUUCUCGAUAGUAGAUUGGGUAGAUUUAUAAUUAAUCCAGUCAAUAUUGUCCUACCAAAUGGAGAACAUAUUGAAUGGGAAACUUUUAUGGAAUUGCAUUACGGCUUCAAUCCUUCAAUAGUAAUGAUAAUGGACCAAGAUACAAUUGAUAUAAAUGUAUUUAGUGGGAGUAGAGAUUUAAAAUUAACAGUUGAAAGGUUUAAGCAAGCUGAUAAUAGUUAUUAUUUGAAUUUCAAUAUAUUAAAUUUAUAUAGCGGUUAUCAAAUUGAUAAUUUCACAAGGGGUGUUCUUGGACUUGUUGCAAAGAAUAAGUAUACGUUUAUUGAAGGAGAAGGUGAAUUAUCAAAAGUUUUGGUUAAUAAUCGCUUAGUUCAUUCAUAUAAGAAAAAGAUAUCAUCGUCUGGUAAAUUAUGUUAUAAGCUUGAUUUGAAUGAUAUCGUUAAACUUGAAGAAAAGUUUACACUCCCUGGAUUUCAUAUUUAG